CAGGACUUUCCCAUAAAGGCACAGGCAUGGUCACACACAUUGUCACAGAAUAAGGGAGAAAAGAGAGUUCGCUGCUGCCUUUACCGUCAGAAACACGACAUAUCGACUUAUCGACACCAGCGGUCCAACUGCAAGCUUAAAUGUCACCGUCCAAACAGCUGCUUGUACCAUGGCUGAUGACACAAAUAAACAGCGGAAAAUAUCCCGGUGUCCAGUGGACAAACGUAGAAAAGAAAGAAUUUUGCAUUCCGUGGAAGCAUGCUCUACGACAAGACUCCUCCGACACAGACUUUCUUAUCUUUAAGGCCUGGGCAGAAGUGAGUGGCAAUGGCCGCGCUCAGGGAGACCCUUCUGUCUGGAAGAGGAACUUCCGCAGCGCUCUUCGUGCCAAAGGCUUUAAAAUGGUUGAGGACAACAAGAACGAAACAGCGCACCCACAUAAAGUAUAUAGAUGGCCAGAUGAGUCUGCAUCAAGAGAUUCAAGCCAGGAUAUUCUGCAGCAGAGUCUGCAGGGACUGAGCCUCAGCCCUGAAGCAGACCCCACAAAUACAGCCUUUCAGACUGUUCCCGAGCAAAAGCAGCUGCACUGUCAGCCCGUGAUUGGUGGAGAUGCGUUGCUGGGGCAACAGCAGUAUCUAGCCACACUUGAGGGUGCAGCCGAUGUAAAUGCAUUUCCUGAGCAACUAGAAUACCCGCUGAAGGGAGCUGAAGGAGGGGCCUGUGAUGAGCAGCUGGCAGAGCAGUUUCUACAAAUCAUGAACCAAACCAACAACGGCGAUCGUUUUACAACUCACUUCAAGAUUUCGGUGUACUACAGAGGUGUGAAGGUGCUUGAGCAGGCGGUGGAAAACGAAGCUGGAUUCCGAUUAGUCUACAGCCCAGACCUCACUGGAACAGCUCUAGAUUAUGAAUCGGGUCUUACCAUGGUCUACCUGCCAAAUCCUUCAAACGUAGUCGAUCAGACUCAAGCCAAACUGACCCAAUGCAUUCUGGACAAACUUGGGUGUGGUUUGGAAAUUGGAGUGUCGGGUUAUGUCGUCUACGGUCAUCGGCAGGGGGAAGUCAAAGCCUUUUGGAGCUUCUCCAGAUUUGAUCAAAUGAAACAACCCCAAGAGAUUCUGAAGCUACAGCCUCAGCCUCUUUACUUGUUAAAGGACUUCAUACAAGGAAUCUUGGGGUUCAUUAAUGGCAGCAGCUGUCCUCCCUGCUCCCUGUUCCUCUGCCUGGGAGAGAAAUGGCCAGACCCGGAUUUUAGGCCAUGGGAAAAGAAACUCAUUACAAUAGAGGUGCUGCUGACCUCUAUAGAGAUACUCAAGAAUAUGGCUAUGGAAAACGGUGCUUCUUCCUUACAGUCACUGGAUCUGCAGAUGUCACUGGAGGAGAUGAUGGAGAUGUGCUGAUUUAACUUUUUUUUUUUUUUUUCCUUUUCAAUUUCGAAUUUCAUCAGAUAGAUAUCAGGCAUUUUGUUCAUUUCAUCUUUUAGCUUUAAAUUAUAAAUGUGAACAUUUGAAGUGAACGAGUGAGGCGGUGUGCGCUGCUCCGAGUGCUCGGCCACCUAGCGUCGGCCUCUGUAAGCGUGCUCGUAUCUCAAAGCAGACAUUUGCUCGACUGCUUGCUCUUAUCUCGAAAUAGUCGUAUGUCGAGGUGCUUGUAUCUCGAGGUUCCACUGUAUAUAAUUAGCUUUUUGGGUGGCUAUAAUGUAUAAAGUGCUUGAAAUGUAAUGUGAUUUUUCUCACAAAAAUAAUGUCGCACAGUGGGACCUGGUGGCUUCAAACAUGCAACCUUCCAGGCCUAACACUUCUCUAAAAGAGUUUAGCAGCAGUGGGAUUCGAACCCACACCCCCGAAGGGCCUGCAGCCUUAAUCCAGCACUUUAGACCAUCGGCCCCCAAUUUUUUUUUGUGCCACGGACUGGUCAAAUGUAUGAAUUUUUUUCACAAACCAGCGAUAAA